AUGUCGGACCUGACGCGUAUGAAAAGCUCGAAAAUGUCGUACAGGAUCGACGGCCUGUUCUUCGUGAUAACUUUCACAGACCCGCAGACGUUGAACUCACUGUCCGGCACAGACUUCCUCUACCUUGGGCAUCUACUAGAAAUCGCAGACCGCUGCGAGUCGACCUAUUUCACAGUACUACAAAGCACAGGCCGGUUUUUUUCGUCUGGCGCGGACGUUUCAAAUAUUGAAAAGGCCCAAGCGGAGGGGAAGGCGCAGCCUUCUGGGAUGCUCGGCAAGUGGCUGUCCGAGUUUGUUAGCCGCAACCUGUUUGUGACGCACACCUUUGCUACGCACUCCAAGGUGCUCGUGUGCUGCCUCAACGGUCCCGCUGUGGGCCUCACCGCCGCCAUUGUGAUGCUUUGUGAUAUAGUGUUUUCGAUGAACGACAAAGUGUACCUGCUCUUCCCGUUCGCGAACCUGGCGCUUGUCACGGAGGGCGCGCUUUCUGUGACGCUGCCUUUGAAGCUAGGCUACAACACGGCGAACGAUAUUCUCAUGUUUGCAAAGCCUGUCAAAUUUGACAAGCUCAUCGAAAGAGUCAUAGUGCGCAAUUAUAACCUUACUGACGCCGAGACCUUUAACGCCCAAGUCCUCACGGACCUCCGCGAAAUGACAUCAGGGCUUUACCCACAAAGUUUCACCGGGAUUAAGAAAUUGCUCAAGAGGUCUCUGGACACACAGAUGAAGCGUGCAAACGUGGAGGAAGUGAACGAUGCUCUCGCCUUCUGGGUUGAAGGGCUGCCCCAGCAGCGGUUUCGUGAAAUAGGCUCCAAAAAGCGCAAACACAAGCUCUGA